GAUACACAGUGAUAACAACCAAUGACAACCGAGGAGAACACAUGACUGAACAUAACCUCGUGUAUUUUGUCAAGCAGAAUUUUCUUAUCUAAAAUUAAUUCAAUAUAUCACGAAUAUAUAACAAAUUUCCCUUCGUACUUAUGUUUCUCGGAUUUGUAGCUUUUCCCGCUUCACUGAUACGGCAACUGUCUACAAUAGAUUAAUAUUUUUCAUAGAUAAAUUCAAGUUUGCCUGUGCAUAUUACGUAACACAAACAAUGACCGAACAGGACGUCGAACUUAUCGUCUGUGUGCCUGGUCAAAGAUUAUGUAUAGCCGACAAAGACAACGUAGCCGGACCUGGCACGUACGAGCAGCAGGGCUACAUCUACUCGAAGCUCGCUGGCGUCGUGAAAUUGGUGACAAACGACAAGACUCGUACGAUUGAGGUACAUGGUAUAACGGAACAAAGCAUUGUCCCUGCACCAGGAGACAUUGUAACCGCCAUGAUCACGGUAGUUAAUCAGAGAUUUUGCAAGUGCAGCAUCAAGUGCGUUGGCGACACAGUGCUGACGAGACCCUAUAAAGGAAUACUGAGGAAGGAGGACGUCCGUGCGAUUGACAAAGACAAGAUAGAGAUGUACAAGUGCUAUCGACCCGGAGACAUCAUUCUCGCGAGAGUUAUGCCAAUGACGGAGAUACACACUUAUCAGUUGAGCACUGCGGAAAAUGAACUAGGGGUAGUCAUAGCUCACAGUGAGGAAGAUAUUCAACAGAUGAUGCAUGGUUUUGGUGACAGUAGCGAGCCGCUGCUCGAAUCCGCGAAAAUCAUAGAGGACGUCGUGCUGCAACAGAUAAAAACGAUUGUCAGAAGAGCCUGCGAAAUCGCGGACAGACGAGCUGGCUCGAAGAAGAGCAAUGUCAUCAGCGGAGAAGACCUACUCUUUCUCUUGCGUAAAGACAAAGUCAAGCUUCAGCGCAUUAUAAAACACCUUGAGAUCAAAGAACUGGGCAGCUCUGUUCAAAAGCUCAUCACGCACGACACACCGCAAAAUACCGUGGACGUCGAGCAGAUGGACAGCGCCAAGAAGAAAGUGCCAUUUCAGAGUUUUCUCGAGCAGCUCGACAACACGGGCGAACUCCUGGAAAGCUCGUCCUCCGUUGACGAUGUUAAGCGACGUAGAUGCAUUCGCGCGGACAUCGCGGCGAGGUCCAUGGAUGAGGUGCAUUACAUGAAAUUCAGCAAGGCGCGCCGUGUCUCCUUCGCGAACAAAAAUCGCCACAAGUUCUGCGAUUGGAUCUGCCUGGACGGUGACGUUACUAUGUCAAAGCAAGCGCAAACGAUCUUGUCUUACCUUGCGUACGAAACGGUUGCUCAAAUUGUCGAUCUCGCUUUUUUAGUCCGGCAAGAUCAAGGUAAAAUGCACGGCGAUGCUAUAGAUCGGCAACGACUUAACUACGUUAAUCCAUUUACAUUUAAAUCCCGCUAUCAUAGUAAGAAUUUUAUAAUAAAACCAUUGACUCCUUCCGAGAUAACUGAGGCCCUGAGGCGGUACUGGUCUCCACAGCUAGACAUGAUAGGUCCAUUUAAUAGAUGGUCCAUGAGACGACCACACCUGAAACUCCUCUCAUGUUAGAUGUGAAAUGCUAAAGAAGGCUUCCUACUUAGGAUCGGACUGGAUCCACCGCCAAUAUUUCUUAUGAGAUUCCUCAGUGUCUUUGGAUUUUCCAGUAA